AUGCGGGUUUUCCUCGGAUUGUUGGCUCUUUUUUCCCUGAUUUUGCCGCAAAUCUCGGCUCAAACCAGGUCGUUGGAAGAGAAAGUGAAGAUCCUCCAAGACUCGCUGCUGAAGAGACCUUUCAUCAACCUGAACAACGACAAAUGGCGUCAAUUGGUUCGGUCACAACCGAGAAAUUACAGUAUGAUUGUGAUGUUCACGGCUAUGGGCUCGGAUUUCCAGUGCGCGAUUUGCAAACCAGCCCAUGAGGAGUUCACAAUUGUCGCCAAUUCUUAUCGAUACUCCUACUUGCACGCCAAGAACUUGUAUUUCGCGGUUGUGGACUAUGGAGACAAUCCACAGGCUUUCCAACAGGUGGGUUAUGUUGUACUUGAUGUCCUUGGUUUUUAGGUCCUAAUGAAAGGUUUUUGUGGGGAUUUUGCAAGGAACAGUUGACGUAUAGCAAGUUUAUGCUCUAUAUUUGCUUUUGUAGUAAAAGUACCCGCAGUUUUAAGUUCUACAAAAGAAAUAUGUUAUUCAUGAGGUCUGUUGAUAGGAUCCAAAAAACUGAGAGCUGUAAUUUCAUCCAAGGUGUUUCCAGAAUUACUGGACUCUGCUUUUCUCGCUGAUUUUAAUUUAAUUUUCAGUCCACAUGUUUAAAAAUUAUAUUGUACUAGACAUCAGAUUUCCAAAAACGCAUUGAAACCUGUCUGUCAACUUAUUAAUUAGGUGUCGAAGGGUAAAAUAUGGAUUGUUUUAGCUCAAUUUGAACACUGCUCCAGUCAUCUUCCACUUCCCAGCCAGAACCACCAACAAGAAACCUGAUCAGAUGGACUUCCAAAGAUCUGGAUUUGGUGCCGAAGCCAUUGCUAAGUUUAUUCAAGAGCGCACUGAUGUUAAUGUGAGAUUUAUUUUAAAUUUAGUUUUGUCUUUCUCCAACCAUUUUGAUAAAACUUAAAUUUUAGAUCCGAGUAAUGCGCCCACCGAAUUACGCUGGUCCAAUUGUGAUUGUUCUCUUGGUCAUGUUGAUCUUGGGAAUGUUGUACAUGCGAAGAGACAGCAUGGACUUCUUGUAUUCGUCCAACUUCUGGGGAUUUGUUUGUGUGGUGAGUUAUUUUUAUUGUUCUUGUUGAAAUUUAGGCACAGAAGAGAAAAGAAAGACAACUGGAAAUAUGAAUUAUUCAGUAAACAAAAAAUUGCUUGCUAUACCUGUAAUUAAAUUACUGAUAUUUUGCGAUAUUUUUUUCAUUUUUUGCAUCUCAAACCUACUACAAUAUAACGACAUCAAAAAUUUCAGGCCUUUGUCCUCGCCUUCCAGUCUGGACAGAUGUGGAAUCACAUCCGCUCACCUCCAUUCCUCAUGACCCAUCCCCAAUCCCGCCAGACUUCUUUCAUCCAUGGCUCCACUCAGUAUCAGCUGAUCGCUGAAACUUAUAUCGUUUUUGUCUUGUACGCCUUGAUUUCUUUGGGAAUGGUGUUCUUGAAUGAAAGUGCAUCUGGAAAGCUGACUGAUCAACAAGGGAAGAAGAAAUGUAAGUUGAUUUUGGCUUUGUGUUGAGGAUUUUAGGGAGAAAGUUAGUGCACAGUGCGGGACUGGGAAUAUAAGUUCGAAAUUGAGGUCUGCGGUAAAAUUUUUUUUGAUGAAUAGUCCCUUUUUUUGCUUGUUUUGAUAGAAAACUUGGAUUUAUAUCGCGGUAUUGAUUUUUGGUUGAGUUGCGAUAUUAUACUUGAGAUCAGAUAUAAUAAAAACACGAAAAUAUCAAGUUUUUUGCAGAUUUUGUGGAGGGAUUAGUGUAAAAAUAUAACAGUGAUGGCCCGUAGAUGAUUUUACUAGAAAAUAAGGCAAUUUCGACGAACUUUUUAUAUUGCACUAGACAUCAAAAUCCUAAAAAGAUCGUUUUCUCCCUCAAGAAUUACCCAAAUGUAAUAAUAAUCUCUAUUUCAGUCUUUUGCUACGCCGGAAUCGGGCUGGUUGUUAUAUUCUUCAGCUUGCUCCUCUCCGUUUUCCGCAGCAAGUACCAAGGAUACCCAUAUCACUUCCUCUUCAGUUAG